AUGCCUCGAAAGGUCCGCCUUGGGAUUCUGACCCCCUCAUCCAACACGAGUCUCGAACCACUCUCGCAGGCCAUCAUAUCAUCUCUGCCAAAUGUGUCGGUCCAUUUCUCUCGGUUCCGAGUUCUUAAGAUUAGCCUUGACAAAGAUGGAUUGAACCAAUUUCAGAACGAGAACAUUGUUGCGGCUGCGCAACUCCUCGCCGAUGCCGAAGUCGACGUCAUCGGCUGGAGCGGAACAUCGUCUGGUUGGCUAGGGUUUGAGGCGGACGAGAGGUUAUGCGCCGACAUUACAGCAGUCACAGGAAUCCCAGCCACCACGUCUGUACUAGCAUUGAACAAGGCGGCCCAGGAGUUUGGCGUCAAGGAACUCGGCCUAGUUACUCCUUACACGGAUGAUGUGCAAAAAGCCAUCAUUCGAACAUACUCCACCAUUGGUAUCGAUUGUGCUAAAGAAAGUCAUUUGCGAAUCUUCAAGAAUUCUACUUUUGCGGCGGUGGAUGAAUCCACGCUGGACGGCAUGGUUAGCGAGGUUGCGGGAAAGGAUGUCCAGGCGAUUACGACCUUCUGCACGAAUCUGAGGGCAGCCCAGCGUGUAGCGUACUGGGAAAAGGAGUACAAUGUCCCUGUAUUUGAUACGGUGGCGACCGUCAUUUGGGAGAUGUUGAGGAUGUGUGAGGUUGAAAUGUCGCCUCUGCAGGGCUGGGGCAUGUUGUUCACAAAGCCAUGA